UUCAACUGUUGGCGGAGAGGAGCACCACCAGCGAGGCGACAAAUUCUUCAGUGGAAGCUAGCAGCAGGUUGGCCAUCUCUCCUUCCGCAGACCGCCAUGCAGCAAUGGGACUGAUCUUAUGGGACACACACGCAUAUCGCUGUGAGCAGACCAGUCGUCAAUAGCAGAGGAGCAACGAGAUAACGGAAUACAUGUUUAGUGAUGCUUUUGUUGUGACGAGGCAAUAACAGUCGUUAUUUUGGUUCUUCCGUGGCUACACCUUGCCCUUUUUGGAGGAAGGAAAUGACAACAAGAACAUUCAACUACAUAAUCCUGCUAUCCAAGACAUCAGUUGGCCUCACCUCCUGGCACUUUUACUCGACUCAAAUACAUAUUGAGUGAAGGUCUGGUUGAUGACUGUUAGUUACUCUCUUCAAAAGUCAUCUGUCCCUCUUCCUGUCCUCCUAUAGCAUGGCUAGAUGGAGGUUAUGGUGCUUUGGUCUAGGCCAGAUGUUUGCUGUCCUGAUUGUGGUAUCAACAAGUAUAUCCCUUGUACAAAGUAAUGACUGUCCCCAGCUGUGUGUGUGUGAGAUCAGACCCUGGUUCACGCCACAGUCAACAUACAGAGAAGCAAUCACUGUGGAUUGUAAUGACCUGCACCUGACACGCAUCCCUGGAAACCUCUCGACUGAUACUCAGGUUCUAUUGCUGCAAAGCAACUACAUUGCCAGGACCAGUGAAGAGCUGGAGCAGCUUUUCAACCUCACAGAGUUGGACCUAUCCCAGAACAACUUCAGUAACAUUCGUGAUGUUGGCCUCACAAAUAUGUCACAGCUCACAACACUUCAUUUAGAAGAGAAUCAGAUUACGGAAAUGCCUGAUUAUUGUCUACAGGACCUCAGCAACCUGCAGGAACUCUACAUUAACCACAAUCAGAUUAAUACUAUUUAUGACAACGCUUUCUCUGGACUCCACAAUUUGCUAAGGCUUCACCUUAACUCCAAUAAGCUCACAACAAUCAGCAGCCAGUGGUUUGAAUCAACACCCAAUCUAGAGAUCCUUAUGAUUGGGGAAAAUCCUGUUCGUGGAAUUGUUGAUUUUAACUUCAAGCCUCUUGGCAACCUGAGGAGCUUGGUUUUGGCAGGUAUGGAUUUGACAGACAUCCCAGGAAAUGCCUUUGUGGGCCUGGACAACCUAGAAAGUCUCUCUUUCUAUGAUAAUAGGUUAGUGAGAGUUCCCCAAAAAGCUCUUCAAAAACUGCCUAACCUCAAGUUCUUGGAUUUAAACAAAAAUCCAGUGCACAAGAUUCAGGAGGGAGAUUUCAAGAACAUGUUGAAGCUAAAGGAGCUAGGGGUCAACAACAUGGACGAGUUGGUUUCUAUCGAUCGGUAUGCUCUGGAUAAUCUUCCUGAACUCACUAAGCUGGAGGCAACGAACAAUCAUAAGUUCUCUUACAUCAACAGUCACGCCUUCCGUGAUGCCCCAGCUUUGGAGAGUUUAAUGUUGAACAACAACGCACUGAAUGCCCUCUAUCAAUCCACCAUGGAUUCUCUUCCCAACCUCCGUGAAAUCAGCAUCCACAGCAACCCCUUUCGUUGUGACUGCACCAUCCAAUGGAUGAGCACCAACAAAACUACCGUCCGUUUCAUGGAACCGUUAUCAAUGUUUUGUUCCAUGCCGAUGGAAGUCAGGGGUAAGCACGUCCAGGAUGUUGUGCAAAAUAACCUAGCAAAUCAAUGCUUGCCAAUGAUUAGCCAUGAUACAUUUCCCACAUACCUCAACGUAGACAUUGGCACCAGUCUAGACUUGGACUGCAGAGCCAUGUCGCAGCCUUGGCCAGAAAUCUAUUGGGUGACACCAACAGGGGCCAAGAUCAUGAUAGACAGCUUAUCUGAUAAAUACAGCCUCAGCAGUGAAGGUACAUUGAGGAUUUCACACAUUCAGGUUGAAGACUCUGGCAGGUACACCUGUGUGGCUCAGAAUUCCCAGGGAGCCGACACAAGAGUGACAUCCAUACGCGUGAACGGCACUCUGCUAGACAACACUCAGUUUAUGAAAAUUUCUGUCAAACGGGCGGAUUCCAACUCAAUUCUGGUCUCCUGGAAAGUAAACUCCAAUGUAAUGACUUCUGACCUUAAGUGGUCGUCUGCCACCAUGAAAAUAGACAACCCACAUAUUACGUACACUGCCAAGGUUCCUGUAGAUGUUCAUGAGUAUAACCUCACUCAUUUACAACCUGCGACCGAGUAUGAAGUUUGCCUCACUGUCUCUAACAUCCACCAACAAACACAGAAGUCAUGCGUGAAUGUAACGACAGAACAAGCAACCUUCGCCGUGGAAGUGUCUGAUCAAGCGACCAACGUGGCUCUGGCAGCAGUUAUGGGGACAAUUUUAGCAAUCAUCAGUUUGACAUCCCUGAGUGUAUACAUUGCCAAGCGCUGGAAAAGGAAAAACUAUCAUCAUUCCCUGAAAAAGUACAUGCAGAAAACCUCAUCCAUACCGUUGAAUGAGCUGUACCCCCCUCUUAUCAACCUGUGGGAGGCUGAUAGUGAAAAAGAAAAAGAAGGCUCCUCUGAGAGCAAACCUAGCCAGGUGGACACAACACGCAGCUACUACAUGUGGUGAGAGUAAUCACUCAUAUUUUGAGAGACUUGUCAGAAGCACAUAAUGAAUAUGUGCAUGUACAAGACAACUACCUUAUAUUUUUCAUGCUUUUUUGUUUUUUUUCUUACAGACUUCAGCUCCUAAGUUAAACAUUUUGUCUUUUGAACUACUGUCUAUUUUGACAGACACUGGCAGCUUUCUUUGUUUCACGAAUUAAUGUAGACACUUUGUUUUAUUUAUAGCAUGAGUAUUGUCACAGAUUCAGUAGAUGUGCUAAUUCCACACAUUUCAUCUUCUUUCUCUAGCAGGAGUGUAAAGGUGCAAUCAUUCUCAUGUAAAUCAGUUUUACUAAUGACUAUUGUGCACUGGAAUAUAUCCAAUGACUUGUCUAUGAAUCAAAUGUAAGCUGACGAAGUACGUUUAGACUUUAUAUACUGUCUAUUGGAUAAUGUUAGCUAUUUCUAUGUAAUGUUGUAUCAACGAUUCCAUUUACUUUUUGUACAUUGAUAAUCACGUUUGAUUUAGACUUUGUUUGCGGUGCAACUGCCGUAAACCAGCAAUAGAAUCAUGAAUGUUCUAAAAUAGAUGAAUUAAUGUAAGGCUUUCUACAUUUCUUUAAUACUUUUUAUCUUGCUAGAAUAUACUGUAUCUACAAUCACAUGCUUACUGUUGUUUACACUCAAUGUGUUUAUUGAAAAACUAAUUAAAAAAAUGUUUCAUCUUAUAUUUCAACCCAUGAUUUCGACAUAUUUUUUCUGCAUGCACCACACCGUGCGUAGGUUAUAGGGGUACAGUGGUUUUAAUGUGCAGUACAAUGUAUAUUGUAUUCUCUGUAAGGAUACAUAAAGGUAGCAAGUAAAGGUUUAAAUGCUGCAAACAUCGCUGAUAUGUAUUUAUCUAAGAUAAUGAAAACGCACAUUGCAGUGUGUUGGCCUCUCAAUAAUCUAAGCGUAUUUAAAAAUCCUAGCCAAUACAUUCU